GCACAUUUCACGCUGACAUCUCACUACCAUGUUUUCCAACAUGGUAGUGGUUAGGAUGUUGGUUUUUCUCAGAACAAGGAGCUGGAAUUGAGGUACAGAUCAAUAGCAUCCUUGUUGAAGUGGCUGUCACUUGAAUUCUUUGGAAAUCAUUGGAGAAAACAGAAAGAAACUGAAACGUGCUGCCUUUGUUUCCCAAUUUUUAGCUUUCAACACAUAACUGAAAAACUCUCAGAAAGCUGAUCUAUCCAAGCUAAUCAUCUCUGAAGAAUUGCAGACUCAUUCAGUACUAAAGCAAAUCUUUCUUCUAUGUGAGCCAAAAAUAAGGAAAAACAGCCUGUCAAACACCUGUAAAGAGAUGGCUAUCAUCAUAUGGAAAUUUGAAGAGCUUCUAUGUGGCACAUUCAUGAUCCAAAUGGGAAUCAACUUUCAUGAUAUCCCAGAAGGCCUUAUAACAGAGUAAACAAGAGGGUAAAUUAUAACAGCUUGUCACCUGUGUUUGCACACUAGACUUCAGUGUAGUUACUAUAAAAGAAAAUCCAAGGAAAAUAUGCAGAUAGUUCUUUGAAAACCCCAAAAUUAUGUGCAGUGGCUCAGACCAAAGCAGGAGAAAGGAAGCUAUUUUACACUCACUCUGUACAACCCAUUGAUAAGUCUUUUAGAAAGAGUAGCAGUUGAUUGUGAAUUUAUGUUUUGAACCACCAUUUGGCAAAGGUAGUUGCUCUGGAAAGGAACAUGCCUGCAAAUGACACUUGUGCUGUGCCAAAUGGAGACAAUGGAGAUUUUCGAUAUUUUAUCUAUGCAGUGACAUACACUGUAAUUCUUGUGCCAGGUCUCAUAGGGAACAUAUUAGCCUUGUGGGUAUUUUAUGGCUAUAUGAAAGAAACCAAAAGGGCUGUGAUAUUCAUGAUAAACUUAGCCAUUGCUGACUUACUACAAGUUCUCUCCCUGCCACUGAGGAUCUUUUACUACUUGAAUCAUGACUGGCCAUUUGGGACUGGUCUUUGCAUGUUCUGUUUCUACCUGAAGUAUGUCAACAUGUAUGCAAGCAUCUACUUCUUGGUCUGCAUAAGUGUGCGACGAUUUUGGUUUCUCAUGUACCCCUUUCGCUUCCAUGACUGCAAACAGAAAUAUGACCUAUACAUCAGCAUCGCUGGAUGGUUGAUCAUCUGCCUUGCCUGUCUGCUCUUUCCUCUCUUCAGAACCAGUGAUGACACUUCAGGCAACAGAACCAAAUGCUUUGUGGGUCUUCCUACCAGGAAUGUCAAUCUGGUCCAAUCUAUUGCCAUGAUGACCAUUGGUGAGCUGAUUGGGUUUGUCACUCCUCUUCUGAUUAUCCUUUACUGUACCUGGAAGACAGUUUUAUCACUGCAUGAUAAAUAUCCUGUGGUCCAAGACCUUGGGGAGAAAAAGAAAGCCUUGAAGAUGAUUCUAACCUGUGCAGGAGUAUUCUUAAUUUGCUUUGCACCUUAUCACUUCAGUUUUCCUUUAGAUUUCCUGGUCAAGUCCAACAAAAUUCAAAGCUGCCUAGCCAGAAGGGUGAUUCUAAUAUUUCAUUCCGCUGCCCUCUGUCUUGCUAGUCUGAAUUCCUGUCUUGACCCAGUCAUAUACUACUUCACCACUAAUGAGUUCAGAAGACGACUUUCAAGACAAGAGAGCAUCCAACUCCAUGGAAAAUCCUUUGUGAAUAUAUGAAGUGAAUUAGCACCAGCAAUUUUAUCUGUGAACCUAAGACACAGAGAGUAUUUGCUUGGGCUCAUCAUAAGCACUUAGUUUUGCUGCAAUGGACACUGAGUCUUGGUACUUAGAGGCAAUGUAGUUGUCUAUUUAUUAUAGUAAUCACAAUUUAUAUUCAAAUAUAAUAUUUUUAUUGUAUUUUCAGUAGGAUGAACAACACGUUAUUCUGUGAAAACAAAGUGGUAUAAACAUGGAAUCAUUUUUAUCUCUCAUGUGUGAUUAUACAGUAAGGUUUGAAGACUUAAAUAACUAUUUCCUACAUUUAAGUGUCAUUAUUAAACAUCAUCUGACACACCUAUUCAUAAAAUGAAUAUUCAAACUCAAGCUUCUGGUAAGUUUAAAGUAAGAACAGGAAACAAAUACACAUACAGUAAUUUCUAUGACUGUAUAAGAUGCCAUAUUGAAUCUACCAGGUCAGAUACCUUGCCAAAAUACAUAUGAUGUGACCCAAAUUGCCUCUAUAGGGCCAGAACAGAUCCUAUAAGUGACAAUCACAGUUCUGGUUCUCUUAAACUAUUUCUAAAGAACACCUAUGGAAAUGUAUUGACCUGCCUAGAAGAGAGAGUUUCCACCAUGCUUCUAGACUAACAUUGAAUAUCUCUGACAGUUUUCUGGUCCAGUUUUACCCCAGUCAUACCAUUGUGAGGCCUGCACAGCCUACUUCCCAGCAGCUGGGGAAGGAGAUUCAUCUUCUGGGAAGAAGUGCAGAAGACUAAGAGUAGUAAUUAAAUCUGAGGUUUUAAAUAUUAUAGUACUUUGAAACAUGUUUUAACAAAAAUCUCUAACUUUAAAAAGUGAUUUACCUAAGAUCUGUGCACUAUAUAAUAAAGACACAUGCUACUACUCAUCUGGAAGGAAUGUGGGAAUCAACCAAGGGCUCCAUCAUAUUUUUAUAAAAAGGAGUUGUUUUAUGCACAUAAUUAUGAUACUAAUAUGAUUGGAGGAGAAACUGGUAAAAUCAAAAUUAUUUCUAAUAUCUGAGAGGAAUGGAAGAUUUUCUAAUGUUUUCUCUGGACAAGUAUUGAUUUUGCAUGUACUUUAUUAUUAAAAUAAUAACCUAGUAGAAAACACA